GAACACACGAGUUACACGAACAUGCAUUCACCAGUACUCACCUUCUUGCCGGCCGUGCUGCUGUUGUCGCAUCUGGCGAGCUGCACCCGUCGACUGGACGUCCAAACGGAGAUUAAAAAUGAAAGGGACAGACAGGCUCAGAUCAACAAGUGGAACUACAACCUGGACAAGCACCUCAACAUGCCCACACGCAGAGAGCUGGAGACACACCAAGAGAAGACGGUACAGGCCCCACGGGAAAUCCCCAUCUCCAUCAUGAUGCUGGCACAGCCGACAGAGGACAGGAGCCGAGACACUAUUGUCUUUGAGUUCGACGCGAGGCAACAAGCUCACGUUCUACAGUCCGGCCUGGCCUACCUGAUGAUCCGGCUCCGCGACGUCCGGAAAAAGAAGCGCAACAACAAGAACUCGAAGCAGUCGUCGGAAAACGACCUGAAGGAGAAGAUGAAGAACGUGACGGAUGGUACCGUCUUAUCAGAGCAGAUGCGGAAGAAAUUGGACCAGCUGAAGAACGAACAGAACGAAGAAGGCGUGGACAGUUCCGAUAGGCGAUCGCAGAAGGAGAGAGCGGAGAAGAUGCAAAUAUUGAAGAAUUUCACCGAAGCUUUCAAUAACGGGAACGCGAUCGGGAAAGGUAAAGAGGAGAAAAACAAAGCGAGGAAAAACAAACAGGAGAAGAAUAAAGAAGAGGAAGAUGAGGACGAGGAGAGACGAGGGAAAGGUAAAACGAAGCGGCAUUUGACGGUCAAGGUCGUGGUGAGGGUGGUGGAUCAGGAUACCGGAAAAGAGAAACGCAUCGCGGCGGUGAACGUUGAGGUCAAGGCGAAGAAAACGCUGCUUUCUGUUCCGAUACGGAAAAGUGUUCUGAUCGACGCGGCGACCUCACCCCGACAUACUCUGGUGUUGAAGAUCGCGUGCAAGAGGUGCAAGAAGCGCGUGCAUAUGGACAUGCUGUACCGCUCGCCCAAACACAAAAACGAAGCCUAUCCCACGACCGACCUGGAACUGAACCCGAACCGACCUUAUUUGGUCAUACCGACUUUAGCGACGUCCGACUCCAGCGAUAACUCAGGGCGCGACGGUCGGUCUAAAAGACACGCUGGGUCUCCCUGUUCUACUCCAGGCUCCACCCAAUGCUGUUCUGAGAGAAUUUUUAUCACAUUUCAAGAACUUGGAAUGGACAAGGUUAUAGUUUAUCCUAAAGGUUUUCACACCGUUACCUGUGUAGGAAGGUGUUUAACAAAUACAGACAAAACCCUAGGUGAUUCAGAUCAACUAGUUAUUCAAACAAAUUCCACUUCGACAAAGUUAUCGGAAAUUCCAGAGACUGAUUCAAACUCGAGUAUACAAGGUGUAAAAAAUUGUCAACCGGUUAGGAAAUCGUCCUUAGAUAUUUAUUACUUAGAUGAGAUGAAAAAUAUCAUUCCGCGCAGGCUAGUGGAUUUUGUGGAUGAAGAGUGUGGAUGCGUGUCAUGACAGAGUUAUUGGACUUCUGGUAUGGGGGAGAGACAAGGGUGACAACUCGGUUCGAGAUGUUCAAUUUGACGCGUCAAUUCCAGUAGAGACACAUGAACCGGAAUUUUCCGGCUAACUUCAAUGUUACCUGGCUAUAGACAAACAAUAAGUUCAUGUGUUUGACUGAUAGAAUAAUACAAUUGAAAAAAAUAGACGCAAUUUGUUUUGGGUUGGAAAAAAAAAACAGUCUAAUAUAUACAAAAUUAUUUAAUUAAGAAUCUAAGAAUAGGUUUCAAUUUUUAAAAAUUGCAAAUGAUUUUAAGUAUGUAAAACAAAUAAAUAAAUAUAUAUAUAUUUAUGCUUAAGUUAUGUGCUAAAUUAUUAAAAUAAUUAUUUUAAUUUUUUAUAUUUAACUAUAUCAAUAAGAAGUAUAACAUGUCAUAUCACCACAAAGUAUAAAAUUAUUUCAAAUAUAAAAUUGCUCACAUUUACGCUGCUUUUAUAAUUUUAUCCGCUCAAAAAAUAUUUUAAAAAAAUAUGUUUGAUGUCGCGGAUUAGACUAAGAGGAUUAUCCAUCUCGUUAUGUUACCAUGACAACGUGCGACCACCCACACAUCCAUAACGUAAUCAGCACCAGCUAAACAUCGCGACGUAAACGUUAAAUGAACGGUUUAAAUAAAAUUACAAACUUAGAGAAAAUUGAUUUUUAUUGCGACAGGUAUGUCGAAAGAUUUUCGAUUACAUUUUUGAUUUGACCAUUACAUUUUUUUUGUUAAAGUUGUCGAAUUUUGUGGAAUGCAUUGAAUACAUGGUUGUAAAGCUAUGCGUAAUUAGGUAAUUAUCGCGAACCAUAUGUCAUUGUACAUAUCAAUGCAGUCUACUGUUACUCGAUCUUAUUUAUG